AUGUUUGUGAAAUCGAAUGUCAUCAUACCCGCGUUGGUCAUAAACUGCAUUGCACGUGCAACAAUUGUAGCUGGUUCACAAGCUGUAGUAGCAACUUUCUUUCCGUCUGAGCAUAUCGGAACACUAACUGGUAUCAUGUGGACAGCAGGAGGUGCAAUAACUUUUAUCCAAUAUGCACUUGUCCUUUUAACGGAUGAUAUAUGUAAAAUUGGUGUAUUUAUUCCACUAGGCUUGGGUGAUUGUGCUAGUACUGGUAGUGAUUAUGUCUUGCCAUUUAGUGCAAAUAUGGCUUAA